AUGAAUGCCCAGGUUUCUCUUUUGAAAGGCUCCUACAACCUCAUCUACUUCCCCCACGAGCUCUACCCGUACCUCGUCCAGCCCAUCAUCCGCACCCUCAUCCCCCAGACCCAAGACCUCCACAUCGCCACCCACGCCCCCGAGCACGCCCUCGACGGCCUGACGCCCGACCAGCAGCACCGCUUCCUCAACAUCUCCAUCACGCCCAUCGAGUGCUCCCUCGUCGUGCACGCCUCGUGGGCCGCCGCCGUGUUCGGCCCCGUCAUCGCGCGCCUGCCCGCGCACCUCGGCGCGCAGGUGCACGUCUCGACCGACACGUACAUGAUUCUCAGCGUCAUCGCCGCCGGGCUCGACCCCGCCGGCCGCGUCAUGGAGCUCUCGUCGCCGCUCGCCCUCGCCGGCAUCCCCAUCUUCUUCCUCACCACGUACUACUCCGACUUCAUCCUCGCGCCCACCCACGAGCGGCCCCGCGUCAUCGACGCCCUCUCCUCCAACGGCUUCGACUGCCUCGAGCACGGCCGCUUCUUCAACCACGCCGCCUACAAGCACGGCCACGUCCGCUUCGCACCGCCCCGCACCCCGCUCCACGUCGUCGCCGAGCUCCAGCGCCGCACCUUUGAGCUGCUCAAGAAGCGCAGCGUCGCGCCCUUUGUCGACCCCGACCUCGAGCUGCUCCUCGCCGGCGGCCGCGACGUCGCACAGCUCCCCGGCGCCUACGCCGCCUACCCCUCGCCCAACCGCCGCAAGAGCUCCCUCCCCGAGGCCCGCCGCGCCACCACCUGGGCCGACGGCGUCGACCCCCGCCUCUUCAACUGCAUCGUGUCCGCGCUCGUCUCCCAGCCCAAGUUCCUCUCCGUCACCCUCGCCGAGGAGGACCCGCCCUCGGUCCUCAUGGACAAGAACCUGCUCUCGCUCUUUGGCGACUCGGUCGUCGGCGACUUCAACACCACGCUGAUUCCCAUCUUUUUGAACUUGGAAAACUUGCCCUCCGAGGUCACCGGCGUCGUGUCCGGCGUCGCCGGCAAGCUCGUCCAGGAGAUGAAGGUCCGCAACAUGCUGGAAAUGUCGUACUUGUCGACAGCCCGCGCGAGCGCCGUCGUCUUGCCGCAGGAGCAAGCUGAGCGCGCGCUGGCGAUUCUGGAUAACUGCAUGGAAAUGGCCGAUGUUGUGCCCUGA